GUGAAGACAGGAGAGGCUGCUGACAAAACAGCGAGCUGGCCCUUUAAAUCCCCAAUAGCGCAUUUCGAGCAGCGGAGGCGGACUCCAUCUGUGUCACGAAGCCGGAUCUCCCAAGCCCUUCGCCGGCGAGGAGAGACCGCUGCUACCGGUGGUGGACUUUUGGCUGCGUGGAAGAUUAUUUUGUUUUUUGUCGCUUACAGAACAGGACUGCACUCUCAAGUACUGAAAAAAAGAUGGCCCACUGAAAAAAAGCUGGCCCACACUGUGAGGGUGAAGUCAUUAAAGCUGACUUCACUCCCGUGAGUCGAAAGGGUGACAGACGAGAGAGAGACGACACAGCGGUGACAGCUGGAUGAGAGGCCUCUUCGCUGUCAGCAGGAAGACGUCAAUGUGAGCCCACCUGCUGACCAGCCGUAUCGUGUCUCCUCCUAGCUGAUCUUCUACCACCGUCUUCAUUCAACUCCGCCUAAGCCGCCUGCCUGACAUCAUUCAGGUAACCACCAUUGACUCGCGGCAUGCAUCGAGGCAGGUUUAUAUUGAAUAUAGAGCAGUGAUUCAAUUGCGCAAAUGAAGCGGAUAAAUACAUAUCUUGCCUCCAUUUGAACUUAAGUAAGUCAAGCAUCCAGUAUGCUUCAAUUAAAAAGUAAUUAUACACAAAAACACAUAAAAAAGAGAGCAAAAACUAUACUUUGAAAAUUGUAGCAAUUAGUACUUGGUUCACCACCAUCUGCUGUCUGAACUCUGCCAAGCAACAGGUGACCAUGCAAAUGGGUAACCAGAAAAAAAUAAAUCUAACAAAAAAAAUAAUUAAUAAAAUAUAAUUCAUGCAAAUAGUAAUAUAGUUAAUGAAUACAAAUAAAUACACUAAAAUAGUAAUGCAGUGAAACAAGGGUAUGCAGCACUUUUGUCUACAUGAAGCUCCUCAAUUCACUUCAAAUUGUUUCCUUGGCACUGAGAUGCCACCAGAUGGCAUCAAUGUAAUACUGUUGUUGCUUUGGUAGUAAACGGAUGAUAAAUUACACGCAAAAAAAUCUGAGAAUGGGCAAAUUCAUGAAUGCCAAAUUGUGAAAAUAUGAAGGGAUCACUUUAUAGUUAAUUAAUAAAAAUAGACUAUAUUAGUUUUACAAUUAAUUAACACAUAAAAAUUAACUACACUAAGAUAGACAUACCUUUUAACAAAAUAAAAUUACUUAAAUAAUUAUAGCUAAUGAGCUUCGGCUGUAGCGAACGUGACGUCCGCAGUUACCAUCUUCUCUGGGGCAGUUAAGCUCCAGCCCUUUGAACUCUGCCCAGCGACAAGUGUCCAAUUCAAGAAUAUGCUUUCAAAACGUACAUUCUCACUUUUUUACAUAUUAGAUUUUUGAGGUGCUAACUUUAUUCACCUCACAGCGGCGCUAAAACUCAACAACCGUGGCCUAGUCGCGAAGAAGGGCCACAACAUUUAAGUACACCUGCACCAUCCAAUGACACAAGAGCUUUCAUGAGGCGGAAUUUUUGAAGCACCUGUUGUAUUGGGUGUCAUUAGACGGUGCAGGUGUACCUAAUUGUGUGGCCAGUGAGUGUAUAUGACAGUUUUGUGUUGUUCUUUCUCUUUCUUUGAUGAAACUUUCUGCAGUGUUGGUGCAUUCUGAUGGAUAAGAAUGUCCACCACUAAUAAUAUCGCCCAGGCCCGGAAACUGGUGGAGCAGCUGAGGAUCGAGGCGGGGAUUGAGCGGAUUAAGGUGUCCAAAGCGGCCGCCGAGCUGAUGGGUUACUGCGAGCAGCACGCUCGUAGCGACCCGCUGCUGGUCGGCGUUCCCACCUCUGAAAACCCUUUUAAGGACAAGAAGCCCUGCAUCAUCCUAUAGCUGCACUCCACACACACGCACGCACACACACACACACACACACACACACACUCCUGAAAUAGCCUCUAUGGAAAAGCGCCAUAAUCUACAGUCGGAGUAAGGGUGGAGGUGGGGGGGGGGGUUUCCUGUUCUGGUGCCCGUCUUUCAAAUUACAGUGAUUGAGAUCAGUAUGCUUGGACCGAGGUGCUUCGGUCCGAUAGUCACACAAAUGCUGGUCAACUAUCUUAACUUGAAAGGGAAGCGAUGUGCAGCAUUUAUUUUGACAGUCAAGUCGGGGGAGGCGGGUGGAGCAUACGGGAAGUAAUAAUUGGGGGGUGGGGGUGUCUCAAAAUGUUUUGACUUUACGUGCAAUGUCGAUGAUUUGUUUUCAGAGUCCACGGUACAAGCUGGCAUUUUCUUAUUCGUUUCUGUAACGCUGUCCGGUGUAAAAAAGUAGCAACAGAAUGUGGGUGCAAAGUUGACCUGAUCAUUUUCUAGCUUAGUGAGGUCGUAUAAGAAGCCCCUUCCACACUGCCCGUCACUGGCUUUUUCACAGCUUCUUCGGUUAUGGGACAAAGGUAGCGACGCGAUGGAGCGGUUGAAGUUGAGCCGCAAAUUUGACGGCAUAUCAGAGGUAGACUUUGGCAUCUUGAGCAGUUCAUAAUGUCGGAUGGACUGUUAUGGAUCUGAUGCGUCAAAACGUGUGAAAAAGGGUUACAGCCAUAACAGAUGCUGGGGGUGUGAACUAGCCGUAAGGGUAUAUGUGAAAGGUAGCGACGGAAUGAGGUUAUGAAGGCGACCGGGUAAUUUUCCAUCUUAAGAGGUGUUAUCAGAAGCGCCAUUCACAGUACCCAUCAAAGUCGGCUUUAAAGUCAACCCUUAAAACCUUUCAGGCGACCUGAUAAUUUUCCUGCUUAAGAGGUCUUAAGAGCCCCUCGAACACUAUCCAUCAAAGCCAGCGUUUUUCCUGGUCACUGUCCUGUGAGAAAGGUAGCGAUGGAACAGGAGUACAAAGUCGACCCGGCAAUUUUCAAGCUUCAUAGGGUAGCAUCAGAAGUCCCUUUCACACUGUCCAUCAAACCUCUUUUUCCGUCCCUUCACCCCCCCCCCCCCCCCCACCUCCCCGAGUCGCUGUCCUGUGUGAAAGGUAGCGACAGAAGAGGCGUAGAGUUGAGUCAGCUUUUUUUUCCGGCUUUGGAGGUACGUAGUGUGAACCCCAUUUCACACUACCGGUCAGCAACGGCUUUUUCCCUGGUCGUUGUCAUGUGUGAAAGGUAGCGACGCAAUGAAGGUAUGAUGUCGCCCCGUAUUUUUUAUUCAAACCAUUCGAUGCGACGGCAGUGGCGGCCAUCUUACCUGCCGAGCGUUCGGAUUGGUCCAUUGUCAGUCCGCCUUCUCGUCGUGCCGUCUGUGUGGGGGGAAAAAACAUUUUUCUUACUUUUCAUAUCAAAACAUGAUGAAAUCCGCCAGGAUCACCGCCUUGAAAUUCGUUGUGUUUAUUUCUAUUGCCUUGAUUGAUGAUUGCGAGGAAAUUCUAUUUUUUCGGUAAAAGUUUCUCUUACGUGCCAUACAUACAUAAGUCUUUUUUUCUUUUUUUUUCUUUUUUUUCUCGCACACUGUUAAUAUUUUGUGGAUAUUUGUUGUCAAAGAAAACAAGAUAUUGACAAGUAGAUAACGUUAAUAAAAAGAUGAUAUUACAGACGUGCUUUUCUUUUGUCAAUUAUUUUUAGGGCUCUUUUCGGUUUUGGUUUUAGUGCUGUUUUUCCUCCAAUCACAGAGUUCGAUAAUGAAUGGAUAUAUUUGAAAGGUCUAUUGUUCCACAGUGUUAUAUUUUUCUACAAAAAUGUCAUAUUGUGUCACAAAAUGGCUAUACAUAUUCUGCUAUGAAACCGCAUUA